AUGGCAAGUGGUCUCCAAGAAGCAGCUGAAAAUUCUGUUAUCUUAAACCUCGGUGAAGUUGCAAAGACAAGCCAGUGUCGAUUUUCUUGUGGAGGCUCCCUUCCCCAAGUGGACAAUGUGACCAUACACUACAAAAAAAAACCAGGUAACUACAAUGCUCUAACUUUGCCAACGGAUCUCACAGUGAUAGAGGAUAAGAAUCUUCCUAUGUUUCUCGAGGCCUGCUCUACUGCGGCUAGUUUUGGCACUAGCAGCCAAACUUUCACCGACCCAACUUAUAGGGAUGCUCUCAAACUAGAUCCUGAUUGUUUUACCACCAAUUUCGAGCUAGCCAACACAACAAUUCUUCGCUCCAUUGCUAGCAUCAUGGCUUGUGGGUCUUCCAUCCGAGCAAAGCUGUACAAACUGAACGUCUACUCAAAUGGUGGUCACUUUAAGGCUCACUUGGACACACCUCGAUCUGCGAAGAUGUUUGGCAGCCUGGUAGUGAGUCUCCCGUCUCAGUUCACAGGAGGUGCUCUUGUGACCAGGCACCAGGGACACACGAUGACGUUUGAUUGGAGCUCUUCCCCGACAACCACUCAAUGGGCUGCGUUUUAUAGCGAUGUGGAGCACGAAGUUCUCCCUGUGACCAGCGGCCAUCGCUUUACUCUCACCUACAACCUCUACCACACUCUGUCUGCCUGCCAUCCAGUAUCACUGGACAUUACUACCAGCCCUCUCCACAAGGAGCUGCAGGCUGCUUUGAAGACCCCUCACUUCAUGAGGGAAGGUGGAACUCUCGGAUUCUUCUGUCGCUAUCGAUACGUGGACUGUGAGAGUAACGAAUAUUAUAACCAUUUCAUUGGAGAUACCUCUUUCCUUAAAGGAGAAGACAUGAUCAUUUACCGUGUCGCCAAAUCACUUGGUCUCUCUGUGCAGUUGAAGGCAAUAUGUGGAGGAGAUAAUAAAUUUCAUAACGGCAAGAGGCCAGAUUUCAUUGUAUCAUGGUUUCAACACAGAGUGAAAGAUUAUCCGAAUAAAGAGUCUGAUAUUGCAGUUGGAGCUAGGUUGAAUGAUGCUUUUGGCAGCUAUGUCGAGACUGCUGAGAAUGUUUGUUGGUGUGUGUGGAAGGAGGAAAGGAAGGUGCCAUUGUUGUCAUUUCUUUGCUUUGGCAAUGAACCAACUGCCGCUGCAUAUUACCAAUCUGCUGCUCUGUUAAUAGAAGUGCCCAAUUUCACCAGUGGUCGUGGAGUUUCUGUUGCUUCAGUACAAGCUGUGCUCAGUUGUAUUGAACAAGUUAAUGAGGAAGUUGAAAGAGUUGAAGCUGAUUUAAAUGGUAAAACACGUAGAAUGGAACGUUUAGAAGAAUCAGCAAAACAUUUUGUCGAUGAUGUUAGCAUGCAAAAAUAUUUGUUGAAGGAGAAGAUGAAGCUGAAAUCCAGACGGAAGAUUGUACAGAAUAGGCACACUGAGUUAAUAACAGAAAGAAACGAGAUGAUGUGUAUGGUCCCACCCAGUAAAAGAGCAAAGAUUAAGAAAUAA